UAGUCACAUUGACAGUGACUGUAGUGUCUCAUAUAGUCUGGACAAGAGUGUGCUAUAUAUAUAUGCUAUAUUAUAAUGACAGUAGGGGAAGCUAAAGAAGAGUCUUUUCUAACUAAAUAUUAAAACUAUGGGCUAAGAAAGAUCUUUUUGAAAGAAAUAAUUGAAAUCUAUACUACAGGUCAGGGCCAGAAAUUAACUUUUCUAUUAAGGGCCAAUAUUUGCUCUCUGGAAUUUAUUUCCAGGGGCAUUUUUUACAUUUGUGAGGGCACUUUUUAUAAAUCACCUUAUUAUUAUAAUCACCAUACUGUGUUGUCUUUAAUGUCAAAUACUUGAAUUUACUCAACGGCAGAAGGUGUGGGAACUUUAGCCGCUGCGGCCAAGACCCGCCUAAGUGAACAUGUGACUGACAGGUAAAGCAACCAAUCAUGUUUCAUUUUGUGCCGUCAUGUUUAGGGGGCGUGGAAAUGUUGCCACAGUAACAGCACAGUGUGUAAAACUCUUUGACUUAUUUUAACGAUUCUAUGCCGCAAACUUUAAAAUGUUCACAUACUUUUGAAAAUCCAGCGUUUAGUUAAUCCUAAUAGACGGUUGUCGUCACAUGUGUAAACACGACAGCUUCUUCUUUCGUGAGGGGGUUUGGCACCACAGCAUUUUUUUUUCCAGGCAGAACGUAAAAGAACGCGACGCACGUCUCCCGGAAAUCCUGUAUAAUCGAACCAAUCCGAUGACGACUUCGAAACUCCUGAAGUGUUUCCAGCUAAGUAUGCUUCAUGCAUCAGACGUUUAGCCAACGUUCCAUGGGCGUCACGUCUGAGGCUAAGACUAGGACCUCAUAGGGCUGCAGUAUUAUGACAAAAAUCAUUAUUUUUUGCUUUUUAUAUUGUAAUAAUGAUUAUUAAUAUAGAUAUAGAAAACAAUCUAAAAUGUUUUUUAGUAUUAGAAGAACGUUUCCGCCACUGAAUAAAAAAUAAAAAAAGGUUAUUGCAACUUUUUAAUCUCACAAUUCUGACUUUUUUUCUCGUAAUUUCGAGAUAUAAACUUAAGUCAAAAUUGCAAGAUAUAAACUCACAAUUGGGAGAAAAAAGUCAGUAUUACGUGAUAUUGUGAGUUAUAAAGUCGGGAUUGCAACUUUAUAUCAAUUAUCGCAAUUAUAUCAGUCAUCGCAAUUCUGAGAAAUAAAGUCUGAAUUAUAAAGGCAGAAUUGCAAGAUAUAAACUGGCAAUUCAGAGAAAUAAAGUUAGAAUUGUGAGAUAUAAACUAAAUUGCGGAUUAUAAAGUCAGAAUUUGUGAGAGAUAAGUCGCAGUUAUGAGAAAAAAGUCUGAAUUGUGUGAUGUAAACUCGCAAUUGGGAGAAAAAAGUCAGAAUUGUGAGAUAAAAAGUCUCAAUCAUGAGAAAAAAAUCAUAAUUUUGUGAUAUUGAAAGUUAUAAAAUGAAGAUUGCUACUUCAUACAAAUUGCUGCAAUUACAUAAAUUAUUGCAAUUUUGAGAAAUAAAGUCGCAAAUGCGUGAUAUAAUCUUGCAAUUGGAAGAAAAAAAUCAGAACUGUGAGAUAAAAAGUUGCAAUUGCGAGAAAAAAAUAAUUUUGUGAUAUUGCGAGUUAUAAAAUCAAGAUUGCUACUUUAUACAAAUUACUGCAAUUACAUCAAUUAUCGCAAUUUUGAGAAAUAAAGUCGCAAAUGCGUGAUAUAAACUUGCAAUUGCGAGUUAUAAACAAUUCUGAGAAAUAAAGUUAGAAUUGUGAGAUAUAAACUAAAUUGCGAGUUAUAAAGUCAGAAUUGCAAGAAAAAAAGUUUCAAUUGCGUGAUAUAAACUCGCAAUUGGAAAAAAAAGUCAGAACUGUGAGAUAAAAAGUUGCAACUGCGAGAAAAAAAUUCUGAAUUGCGAGAUAUAAACUCACAAUUGUGAGUUAUAAAGUCAGAAAUGCAAGAUAAACACUCACAAUUGCAAGAAAAAGAGUCAGAAUUGUGAGAUAAAAAGCCGGAAUUCUGAGAAAAUUUUGUGAUAUUGUGAGUUAUAAAGUCAGGAUUGUGAGAUACAGACUUGGAAUUCUGAGAAAAAAGUCAGAAUUGCAAGACAAGGUGCAAUUGCGAAGAAAAAAAAUUCUGAAUUGUAUUACAAGUAAUGAGAUUUACGUAAUUACAUACUUUUAGUAUGUAACGAGUGAAGUAACACUGAAAAUGUAACUUUUUCUAUUAAAAACAAGCAAGCAAGCCCUGCCCAAAUUUAAAAAUGUGACAUUACUUUCCGUAAAAAGUAACUAAUGUUAUCAGUUACUGUUUUUAGUGAGUACUGCAAUAUUGUAAUACAUUACUUUUAAAAGAAACUUUUCCCAAUACUGCAUUGGAGUGUUAAAGACGUGUUUACAGACACUCGGAUUGUAUAUUCUAUAGCCUAUAAAAAUGGAAAAGAUUAUAGAGGAUUAUUAUAUCUCACAGCUCUGACUUUCUAGCACACAAUUGCGAGUUAAGUCCGAAUUGUGAGAAAUAAACUGUAAAUUCUGAGAACAUAUCAGUCUUUUUUCCCCUUAAAAUUCAACUUUAUAACUCGCAAUUUAAAAAAAAUCAUAAUUGUGAGAUAUAAAAGCUCAAUUCUGAGAAAAAAAGUCAGGUUUUUAUCUCACAAUUGUGACUUUAUAACUCACAAUUGUGAGUUUAUAUCAUGCAGUUCUGAGAAAAAAAGGCAGAAUUGCAAAUCUGAAUAAAGAGAUAAAAAUAACUUACUUUUUAUUCAGUGGCAGAAGUGGGCUUCCAUAGCACUGUUGCUUAUGAAUUCGCAAAUAUGUGCAAUCAACACAGCACUGAUGUUUUCAGUGUUGACUAAUGUAAGCUAAUGUAAGCAUCUUUGAUUGCCAAUGCAUUCCUAAGUUCAACAGAAACACGUUUGAUUGGUUAUAAGGGUCAAUGCUGUUCAAAACAGUGCAUAAAAGCAAUCUGAUGCAGUGAGGGUAUCAAAAUUUAAUACUGCAAAUUGACACUUUUUAUUCAUUUUCACAUUUCAUUUUAAUCGUGGCAGCCAUAAUACAUUGUUUAAUAGUGUAUAUUUUGCCCUUUUGUUUUGAAUUUAUGGAUCAUUUUUGCCACAAGCCCUUGUUCAUUUCUGACCCUGCUACAGAUACAGAGGGAAUGUUGCUGUACUGCUUUAUAUCACACACACACACAGCAAGCUGAUAAGAUGGGAAUGUUUAGAGCUGUUAGGAGUAGAAUGUCAGGACUUUUGAGUGAGUGAGAGGGUACAUGAUGGGAAGUGUGACAUAAACCAGCAGGUUGAACUCAGCUGUUAAAACAAAAGGAAGCUAAUAACCCUUCUGACAGAUGGUGGAACAAUCUCAUUUCUGUCCUUCUCUCAGUUUGUGCUGUUAGUCGAUCUGUUGAACAUGCAGUGGAAGUUUUGCCCUCAGCAAACCAAGAUGGAUCUUUGUGGACUAAAGGAGAUACUUUAUAGGAUCCAUAACUCUGUCAACAAGCUUCUGCAAUGGGCUCUGGUUCAGUUUACUGAUCUCACAGCUGGAUUACUGGCUCAUUUCUUAUUUAGACGGCAUUUUCACUUCUUCCUCUCUGUGCUGGUGAUGUUUGGACCUGUUCUGAGUCUCUGGGUCUCCAAAUACAGCAUAUUUGGCAACAAGAAUCACUACCUGUACAGGCUAUUCCUGCAUUCAUGCUGGGGCUGGACCUGUAUAUUAUGUGGCUCUUUCAUCUUUCUUCUCUCAUACUGCAUCAGAAACUCUAUCACUCACUCAGUCCGUCACCUCUCUCGACUUCUUGUGGCCGGGACGCUGUGGACAAUGUUCCGCCGUCUCCUCUCCUUCCUAGUGGACGCCUCUGGAAGCUGUUUUGAGCCACUACAAAGCCCCACAGAAGUCCACAGGAACCCCACCGAGCUUCUGAACUCUGAUACAGGCCCCUUAUUACUACUGAGAGAGGAAAAGGGUAAAGCAGCUUGCCUUAAAGCCGGGCUACAGUGGCAGGGAUGUGAGGUGUCUGAUGACAUCCUCAUUCUGAGUUUAUGUUGUUUAAUUCUUGCUGAAGAAAUAGAGGUUUUUGGGCCCUGCAUGUCUCUAGGAAAGCCUGUAGGGGUGCCGCUGAGGAUACUCUUCCUGUUGUGUGUGUUGUUGAUGAGUCUCUGGAUCUUCCUGAUCCUUUGCUUGCUAGCACACUUUCCGAUGUUCCCUUCCCAGCUAGUCGGAGGAGCUCUGGGGUAUCUGGGAUGGAAGGCCCUUUAUUAUAAGGGCUGGAGUGUUUUAAAGCCAGGCUGGUGCUGUCUUGGAAGACCCAAAGCUUUGCUUUCAGAAUAGCACAAGACAUUUACAUAUAGUUCACAAGAGAAAACAAUAGUUGAAUUUAUUAAAAUGACCCUGUUUAAAAGUUUA